AUGGCUGUUCAGCUUGUAGGUGAUUGCUUCAUUGGCAUAUUUGGUGUAUCUAAUAGAUGGUUUCCAGCAAUUCUGGCUUCGUCUUGCAUGGUGUAUCUAAACGUUUGGGCUUCGUUCACCUUUGUCUGGAACACAAAGAAGCACCUGACACAGAGAGUCCAGAAUUUGGACGAUAAAUUGCUGGAGCAGAAAGAGAUCUCAAAGUCGAUUCUGGAGAAUGACUUGACUGGUUUGAGCUUGAAAGAAUUGCAGCAACUAGAACAGCAAUUAAAUGAAGGAUUAUUGUCAGUGAAGGAGAGGAAGGAGCAAUUACUAGUGGAGCAACUAGAGCAAUCAAGAGUACAGCUAUUUGUUUCCUCCAGGAACAGCGUGCUAUACUUGAGAAUGAAACGUUGCGCAGACAGGCACUGUUCACAGAAGGAGGUGAAGAAGAAGGAGAGUAAAAAAAGGUUCAAGACGAUUAGUAUGACUAAGAAGUUUAGUUGCAGACCGAAAGAUUUGUUUGAGAUUUUGAUGGAUGAGAAUAGAUGGAAGAUAUGGAGAUUUGGGAGUUGGCCUGAUGGCAUUGAUUCAACGAUAUGUCAAGUGAGGCUUAAACUUGAAGAGCCUGAACCCGGGCUCACUAUUGUCAAGCUAACACAUUCGGAUAUUCCUGAGGAAGACAGAUAUGGGAAUGCGACUGUGGUGGAGAAUACGGAGAGAGGAUGGCGGGAUCUUAUUUUCCAGAGGAUACGGGCAGUUUUUUGGUUUUGGAAUUUGUGA